AUGCCUUCCUUCCCCUCUCCCCAGAUCCCGCUGUCAGACCCUCGUACUGGUAUACAGAGCUGCAUGCCUUCCUUCCUCUCUCCCCAAAUCCUGCUGUCAGACCCUCGUACUGGUAUACAGAGCUGCAUGCCUUCCUUCCCCUCUCCCCAGAUCCCGCUGUCAGACCCUCGUACUGGUAUACAGAGCUGCAUGCCUUCCUUCCUCUCUCCCCAGAUCCCGCUGUCAGACCCUCGUACUGGUAUACAGAGCUGCAUGCCUUCCUCCCCAGAUCCUGCUGUCAGACCCUCGUACUGGUAUACAGAGCUGCAUGCCUUCCUCCCCAGAUCCUGCUGUCAGACCCUCGUACUGAUCCUGCUGUCAGACCCUCGUACUGGUAUACAGAGCUGCAUGCCUUUCUUCCUCUCUCCUCAGAUCCUGCUGUCAGACCCUCGUACUGGUAUACAGAGCUGCAUGCCUUCCUCCCCAGAUCCUGCUGUCAGACCCUCGUACUGGUAUACAGAGCUGCAUGCCUUCCUCCCCAGAUCCCGCUGUCAGACCCUCGUACUGAUCCUGCUGUCAGACCCUCGUACUGGUAUACAGAGCUGCAUGCCUUCCUUCCCCUCUCCCCAGAUCCCGCUGUCAGACCCUCGUACUGGUAUACAGAGCUGCAUGCCCUUCUUCCGCUCGGCGCCCAGCUGUGUCGGGAGCGAAGCCUUCACCGGGGCCACACCCCACCAUCACCGGGAGCAACUGAACGCCAUCACCUCAUUCGUGGACGCCAGUAUGGUGUACGGUAGCUCCUCCCCCAUGGCUGCGGCCCUGAGGAACCACUCCUCUCCACUGGGUCUUCUGGCCCUCAAUGACCAGGCCUCAGACCAGGGUCUCGCUUACAUGCCCUACCUGCCUCGCCUACAGGGACGCCUGGAUCCCUGUGGGCCACGAAGCGGGUCUGAGGCCAACUCCACCGGAGCCACAAGUGCCUCUGACACAUCUGCUACUGCACCAACAGAACAGGAGAAUAUAACAUCCUGUUUCCAAGCAGGUGACUCGCGGGCCAAUGAGCACCUGGGGAUGAUAGCACUCCACACGUUGUUCCUGAGGGAACACAACAGGCUGGUCAGCGAGUUGCACCUCCUCAACGCUCACUGGAGCCCAGACACCUUGUACCAGGAGGCCAGGAAGAUCAUGGGGGCUGUCCACCAGAUACUGACCUGGGAGCACUACUUGCCCAGGGUCCUGGGUGAGACCCCCACCUCCCUCCUGAUGCCUCCGUACAAGGGCUACGACCCUGAGAUUGACCCCAGCAUCGCUAACGUCUUCUCAGCCGCCGCCUUCCGCUUUGCCCACGUCACCGUGCAGCCGAUGGUGGCCCGCCUGGGCCCCGGGUACAGCCUCGCCCCACAGCACCCACCUCUGCCCCUACACCACUCCCUCUUCGCAUCCUGGAGGGUCGUACAGGAGGGUGGUAUAGACCCAGUGCUGCGUGGCCUCCUCCUUUCCCCAGCCAAGCUCCAGAUGCCAGGCCAGAUGAUGGUUGAGGAGCUAACUGAGAGACUGUUCCAGGCCCAGGGUGGGAUGCCACUAGACCUGGGUGCCCUCAACCUGCAGCGGGGUCGAGACCACGGCCUGCCUGGUUACAGCUCGUGGCGUGGGUUCUGUGGCCUCUCUGUUCCCAACACCACCUCUGACCUUGCAGGUAUCCUGGGUAACCCUGGUCUGGCUGAGAAGUUCCUGUUGUUGUACGGGACGUCCCAGAACAUCGACGUAUGGGUGGGGGCCAUCUCAGAGCCUCCUCUACCUGGGGGCCGGGUGGGACCCCUCCUGGCCUGUCUACUGGCCAAGCAGUUCAGAGCACUGAGAGACGGAGACAGGUUCUGGUGGGAGAGAGAGGCUGUGUUCACCAGCACCCAGAGAGCUCAGCUUCACACCGUGUCCCUGUCACGUAUCAUCUGUGACAACACGCACAUCACACGAGUUCCCUCCGACCCAUUCAGCCGUACGGUCAGCCCAGAAGACAUGCUGGCCUGCAGCCACCCCCUCAUCCCUCACCUUAACCUCUCUGCCUGGAAGGAGCCUGACACAGAUCCCAGUUGUGGUCCAAUCCCCAGGUUACAGUCAGGCUUCUCUCUGCUCUGUGACUCCGUCAUCUACUACCAGUGUGGUCCAGGCUAUCAGCUGAUUGGUCCAUCCUCUGUGACCUGUGACCCCAACAGCUAUCAAUGGAGUCCUGCUCCCCCAAUCUGCCACGAUGUCGAUGAGUGUGCCGAUCAGCCAACCCCGUGCCCCCAAAACACGGACUGCUUCAACACACCUGGGUCAUAUAUGUGCACAGACCUGGACCUGUCCUCCCUGUCUACAGUCUCAGUAAUCUCUGCAGUAAUAGCUGUGGUUGGUGGUGUGGCCAUCUUGUUUGUGAUACUGACCUGUUGUAGAAGGUAUUUUCCAAAGAAGCCAGAAUCAAUAAACGGAACCGAUAAACGGAACUGAUAAACAGUGGUUGCUGUAAGAGGGACAGAUAACCAAGAGACACCUCUGGAAAUGUAGUAUUUUUUUUUGUAAUACAUAUUGUAGUAUUUUGUUUUUAAAAAUGUGACAUAUAUCCUAAAAGUAAACGCUUGAAUGUGUUGAUUGUCAAAACGUAACUUCAGAUUAUUUGUUAGAUAAUAACCUGAAAAUAAGAAAUAACUGAAUUGUAAAACCCUGUUUUAGACCACAGUCACAUUUUAUA